AUGAAAAUCACUGUGACUGGGACGACGUACGCAGUGAGUGUGGAUGAGCUGAAGAAAACCAUGCAGAACGUGACAGUUUUUAUAACAUCACUGAGUAAAGAUGCCGGCAUCAGGACCCUGGUCAUGUUGGAUGAACAGGGAGAACAACUGGAGCGCAUCGAGGAGGGGAUGGACCAAAUCAAUAAGGACAUGAAGGAUGCAGAAAAGAAUUUGAACAAUCUAGGACAGUUCUGUGGUCUAUGUUCAUGUCCAUGUAACAAGAUUAAGGGCGGGGGCCAGGCCUGGGGAGGGAACCAGGAUGGAGUGGUGAACAGCCAGCCGGGGGCUCGAGUGGUGGACGAGCGUGAACAGAUGGCCAUCAGCGGGGGUUUCAUCCGCAGGGUAACAGAUGAUGCCCGGGAGAACGAGAUGGACGAGAACUUAGAGCAGGUGGGCGGGAUCAUCGGCAAUCUGCGUCACAUGGCCCUGGACAUGGGCCAGGAGAUCGACACCCAGAACCGCCAGAUCGACAGGAUCAUGGAGAAGGCUGAUUCCAACAAGACCAGGAUCGAUGAGGCUAACCAGCGUGCUACGAAGAUGUUGGGCAGUGGCUAAACUGCAGCAAC